AUGUAUGAUCCUCAGGAGGAACGAACAGCUGUGGCAGAUCUUCAGGAGAAACCAAAAUCUGCCAAAAAUUUUCUGGAGGAACAAAAAGCUAUCUUACAUCAUCAGGAGAAACAAACAGCUGUGACAGAUCUUCAGGAGAAACCAAAAUCUGCCAAAAAUUUUCUGGAGGAACAAAAAGCUAUCUUACAUCAUCAGGAGAAACAAACAGCUGUGACAGAUCUUCAGGAGAAACCAAAAUCUGCCAAAAUUUUUCUGGAGGAACAAAAAGCUAUCUUACAUCAUCAGGAGAAACAAACAGCUGUGACAGAUCUUCAGGAGAAACCAAAAUCUGCCAAAAAUUUUCUGGAGGAACAAAAAGCUAUCUUACAUCAUCAGGAGAAACAAACAGCUGAGAAACAAACAGCUGUGACAGAUCUUCAGGAGAAACCAAAAUCUGCCAAAAAUUUUCUGGAGGAACAAAAAGCUAUCUUACAUCAUCAGGAGAAACAAACAGCUGUGACAGAUCUUCAGGAGAAACCAAAAUCUGCCAAAAAUUUUCUGGAGGAACAAAAAGCUAUCUUACAUCAUCAGGAGAAACAAACAGCUGUGACAGAUCUUCAGGAGAAACCAAAAUCUGCCAAAAAUUUUCUGGAGGAACAAAAAGCUAUCUUACAUCAUCAGGAGAAACAAACAGCUGUGACAGAUCUUCAGGAGAAACCAAAAUCUGCCAAAAAUUUUCUGGAGGAACAAAAAGCUAUCUUACAUCAUCAGGAGAAACAAACAGCUGUGACAGAUCUUCAGGAGAAACCAAAAUCUGCCAAAAAUUUUCUGGAGGAACAAAAAGCUAUCUUACAUCAUCAGGAGAAACAAACAGCUGUGACAGAUCUUCAGGAGAAACCAAAAUCUGCCAAAAUUUUUCUGGAGGAACAAAAAGCUAUCUUACAUCAUCAGGAGAAACAAACAGCUGUGACAGAUCUUCAGGAGAAACCAAAAUCUGCCAAAAAUCUUCAGGAGGAACUAAAAGCUAUGUUACAUCAUCGGGAGAAACAAACAGCUGUGACAGAUCUUCAGGAGAAACCAAAAUCUGCCAAAAAUCUUCAGGAGGAACUAAAAGCUAUGUUACAUCAUCAGGAGAAACAAACAGCUGUGACAGAUCUUCAGGAGGAACCAAAAGCUAUGUUACAUCAUCAGGAGAAACAAACAGCUGUGACAGGUUUUCAGGAGGAACGAAUAGCUCUGUCAGGUCUUUAA